GUUCUCUUUUUUUGGUCCAAAUACAUUUAAACACACAUGUGCACGUGCAGUCCAAUUCUGCUGCAAGUGCUACCGUUUUUCUCGGCUCUUGGAGCUUUUAAUACUUUGAAUUGCUCGAGUGGUCAGAGAGAGAUAGUGUCACGAAAAUCGUAAACGACGUAAAGAAGUUUUUUUUUUAAAGAAGCAGUCACUAUCCAGAUCUGCGGAUAUUGGACUCAGUUAUCUCCUCAUUAGUUCUAUCGGUUGUUUGCUCGUGCAUAUUACUCUCUUUGUCGUUCGAAAAUUUCACAACAUUUUCUCGUUAAAUCGUGAGACAUUAAAGAGUGUGUGUAAUAUACAAGUGGAAUAUUCUUCAAAACAAGAGUCGAAUUUUCGUCUUUGUGGGAAGGAUUAAUUUCGUAAUUGCUGAAAACCGAUUGAAAAUCCAGUGAAAAGCAUGACUCUGGGUUCACAAUUGGAAGCAGGAGAGCAUGGAGAGAAAGGAAAUCUUAAAAUUCCAUUGACCAACGGAAAGAAGAAUGAAGCAGAGACUGAUGCAAAUCAAAACGGAGAAAAAAUUGGUAAUGCGAGUAGUGCGAUUGAAAAUGUUCUUGAGAAAGGAGAAGUUGAAGCAACCAAAGAGGGAGAGAAAGAAAAAGAGAAGGAUAAACUAAAAGGAAAAUCUGAUAAAGAUGGCGAGGCUGACAAAGAUAAAGACUCUUCAAGUGAACAAGAGGUUGUAUUCAUUCAGGAUAUGGGCUUCACUGUUAAGAUAGUAAGUCCUGGAGCAGAUCCUUUCGAUAUUCAGGUCUCCAGCAUGGAACUUGUACAGGAAAUUCAUCAACUUUUGAUGGAUCGUGAAGAUACUUGUCAUCGAACGUGUUUCUCUCUCCAACUUGAUGGAAAUACAUUGGAUAAUUUUGCUGAAUUGAAAAAUAUUGAAGGUUUAAAGGAGGGAUCUGUGAUCAAAGUUGUUGAGGAGCCUUAUACGAUGCGCGAGGCUCGCAUUCACGUGCGGCAUGUUCGGGAUUUGUUGAAAUCCGUUGAUCCCGCAGACGCAUACAAUGGUGUUGAAUGCAGUAGUCUUUCAUUUUUAAAUGUUAUCACUAAUGGUGACAUCAUGGAAAAAAAGAAAUCUCGAGCUGAUUCCGUUGAUUGCACUCCGCCUGACUACAUCAUACCAGGUUGCAAAGAUAGACCCUUACUACCUCUGCAACCUCAAGCGAAGGAACAAAAAUGUCCACCCUGUCUGAAGGUUUUAACAACUUCGGGAUGGAAUCCACCACCAGGUCACAGAAAACUGCACGGCGAUUUGAUGUACUUGCACGUUAUAACGUUAGAAGAAAAGCAGUAUUACUUGACAGCUUGUGCUCGUGGCUUUUUCGUAAAUCAAUCUUCCAAAGAAACAUUCAGUCCGAAACCAGCCACUCCAAGUCAUCUCUGCCACAGUCUCAUAGAACUACUUAAUCAACUGAGUCCUGCCUUUAAGAGAGGCUUCGCAGCUAUGCAGAGACGAAGGACAUUGAGACAUCCAUUCGAGAGAGUAGCGACUCCAUACCAAUUACAUGCAUGGUGUGCUCCUCAAAUUGAACACACAAUUGAUGCGAUUCGUGCCGAAGACACGUUCUCUUCCAAGCUUGGAUAUGAAGAACAUAUUCCAGGACAAACUCGUGAUUGGAAUGAGGAAUUGCAGACAACAAGAGAACUGCCACGAAAAAAUUUACCAGAAAGAUUGUUGAGGGAACGAGCAAUUUUUAAGGUUCAUAGUGAUUUUGUGGCUGCCGCUACUCGAGGCGCUGUGGCAGUAAUUGAUGGCAAUGUUAUGGCUAUCAAUCCUGGAGAGGAGCCUAAGAUGCAAAUGUUCAUUUGGAAUAAUAUAUUUUUCUCUCUUGGAUUCGAUGUAAGAGAUCAUUAUAAGGAGCUUGGUGGCGAUGCUGCAGCCUUUGUUGCGCCUCGAAAUGACCUUCAAGGCGUUCGAGUGUAUGCUGCUGUCGAUCUUCCUGGACUUUAUACUCUGGGAACAGUUGUAAUUGAUUAUAGAGGAUAUCGAGUUACUGCUCAAUCUAUUAUACCAGGCAUUUUGGAACGUGAGCAAGAACAAUCGGUGGUUUAUGGUUCCAUAGAUUUUGGAAAAACAGUUUUGUCGCAUCCAAAGUAUCUUGAAUUGCUAAAUAAAGCUGGUCAACAGCUGAAAAUUUUACCUCACAAAGUUAUAAAUGAUGCAGCAGAAGAAAUAGAGCUUUGUAGCAGCGUCGAAUGUAAAGGAAUCAUCGGAAAUGACUCUCGUCAUUAUGUUUUGGAUCUUUUGAGAACUUUCCCUCCAGAUGUAAACUUCCUAAAAUUGGAUAACGUUGAAUUGAGUAAAGAAGCUCGAGCUUUAGGAUUUCCUGUAGAGCACAAACAUAGAUUGGCCUGUCUUCGUCAAGAAUUAAUAGAUUCUUUUGUAGAGGCCAGAUACGUACAAUUCAUCAAACAUGCCGCUGUACAUUUGCAACAGUUGACAUCUGUGAGAAGAUCGCAAAAAGAUAAGGAACUGUGUCCAAAGGAAGACAAGAAGGAUGAGACUACUGUUGCAACUAUUGAUAGCAAUAAAGAAGUUUCUGCUCAAUCAACAAUUGAAGCUGAUGAAGCGAAAAAAAUCGUUGAAAGCAUAACAGACUCUAUUACUGGUGGUGAAAAACAAGAACUUGAAGAGAGUACGAAAGAAAUAGUACGCAGAGCUGCAGCUGCAGUCGGCAGCUUACGUGAUGCAGAAUUCGAUGUUAGAUUUAAUCCGGAUGUUUAUUCGCCUGGUGUUCGUCAUCCAGAUGCAAAUGGAGUUGCUCUGAAGAAACAAAGACAACUGAUCAGAGACGCUGCAGACUUUUUGCUAACAGUGCAACUUCCUACUUUUAUUCGCGAAUGCUUGGAUCACACUGCCGCAGCAAUGGAUGGAAGCACAUUAGUGGAAGCCCUUCAUGGAAGAGGAAUCAACGUUCGUUAUCUUGGAAAGUUAGCAGCCAUGCUCACUAAUGUUCCGCAAUUACAAUACCUGAAUCGUAUAGCAGUUUCUGAAUUAAUUUUGCGUUCGGCCAAACAUAUUUUUACUUCCUACAUGCAGGGGACAGAAUUAAUGAGUUUAUCAGCUGCAAUAAGUCACUAUUUGAACUGCUUCUUGUCAUCUGCGCAGCCUAUUCAUCCUCAACAAAAUUUAGAAGAGCUUCAAAGCAAAACAGCCAAGCGUCGCAAUAAAAGAAAAGGAAGAAAUAAUGGUCCUCAACAGUCAGAAGUAGAAUGGGCUUCUCUUACUCCAAAAGCGCUUUGGCAACAAAUUAAAGCAGAUUUAAAAAGUUACUACGAUUGGGAUACACCUACUCCAGAGUCUCUUGAUGUGACUAUGGAAUAUUUUCAUUUGCAAAAAAUCUCCCUUCUUCGAGGUUUUUGUGUGAAGACUGGCAUUCAAAUCUUGUUGCGAGAGUAUAAUUUCGAAAAUAAAAAUAGAGCGACUUUCUUUGAAGAGGACAUACUCAACAUUUUCCCAGUAGUUAAACAUAUCAAUCCAAGGGCAAGUGAUGCUUACAAUUUUUAUACUACUGGUCAAAGUAAAAUUCAACAAGGUUAUUUGAAGGACGGACAUGAAUUGAUAAGCGAAGCUUUGAACCUACUGAAUAAUGUGUAUGGAGCGAUGCAUCCUGAAAUUGCGCAGUGCCUUAGAAUGCUUGCAAGAUUGAAUUACAUUAUGGGUGAUCAUGGCGAAGCACUCGCCACUCAACAGAAAGCUGUUCUCAUGUCAGAGAGAGUCAAUGGCAUUGAUCAUCCUUACACUAUAAUCGAAUACAUACACUUGGCAUUGUACUCAUUUGCCAAUGGCCAUGUCUCAGCAUCUCUAAGAUUAUUGUACCGAGCUCGAUAUCUUGCAUUAUUGAUUUGCGGUGAAGAUCAUCCCGAAGUGGCAAUACUUGAUAGCAAUAUUUCUUUGAUUCUACACGCUGUCGGAGAGUACGAAUCAUCUCUUCGAUUUUUAGAACACGCUUUAUCUCUAAAUCGUCGUUAUCAUGGGCCAAGUUCCUUGAAGGUUGCCGUAUCAUAUCAUCUCGUGGCUCGCACUCAAUCCUGCAUGGGUGACUUCCGCGCUGCCCUCAACCACGAAAAGGAAACUUACGCCAUUUAUAAACAGCAGUUGGGCGAGGAACACGAAAAGACCAAAGAAAGUAGCGAUUGCUUGAGACAUUUAACUCAGCAGGCCGUUGUUUUACAAAAGAAGAUGAACGAAAUUUACACUGGCAAGUCUGGUGUCAGUUUACCACCAAUACAAAUUCAACCACCAAGUAUGGGUUCAGUACUCGACAUGCUCAACGUUAUAAAUGGUAUUCUUUUUGUGCAAAUUAGUCAGCAAGAUAUUGAAAAUUUUAAGGCCGAAAUAGAGAAGCGACAAAAGGAACAAACACCAGAAGCAACUGUGAAAGCCAUUGAAAGUGAGAAGAAGGAAGAUUCAAUAAAUGCAAAUGAGGAAAAAAUCACCGAGGCUACAGAAGAAACAAAAUGCUUAGAGGAAUUGAAAACCGCGAUAGAAACAUCAGUUGUUGCUGAGAGCUGAACUUUUUUCUAAUAAAAAAUAAAAAAGAAAAAGCCAUAUGUUUGUUUAACGUCCUAGUCUCAAUAAUAAUGUUUGCAUCGCUCCAAGAUAAUGAAUUUGGAGAAUUCACGAGUUCUCCCUACUGCAACGCUGUCACUAAGUGCAAAAUUAUUCUCUAAGUGCCACAUCGUUGAGUGUUCUUGGGAGUUGCGACAACGAAUUACAAACGCAAAGUUUUGCUAAAACCAUCCUGCAAAACUUUAAAGUGUAUGCUCUGAUUUCAGCCCUAGUCCUUAAAUUCAUUCACUUACAAUUAUCAAACCAAAAUCUUAGCAACUAUUGAAAAAAUUUAUUAACAAAUUUAUUAACAUUCUAUCCAAAUAAUGAAUUGUUUCAUUCAUUAUGUUUUUAAAACUUUAAAUAAGUGAUUAGAAGAAUUUAAAUAAUAGAAAUGACCGUGGAAAUUAUUAUUGAUGAUGUUUUGAACCAAAAUUUACAAUAUAAUAUGUAUUCUUAAGCUGUUAUAUCAUCUUAUAUUUUAACUCUCCGCAGAUUUUUUUUUUAUAAUUCUCCCGAAAAUGUUUGCGAAAAUUACCUUCACCAUUUUGUAGCGGAAAUUUUGUGAAUAUUUUCGAAAAUUUGUAAAGGAAAUUACUUCGAAAUUCUACAUGAAAUUAUCAGUUUUUUUGUAUCAUUAUGCGAAAAUUUUCUAAAUUUUAUUGAAAAUUAGGAAUUUUUUUCUGUACCACUUUGAAGGGAAUUUUUUCAAUAAUGUUUGACACUUCUUUAAUUAUUUAUAUUAACAAACAUUGACAUGGUAGCAUUGCACGAGUUUUUUUUUUGUUUCAAAAAUAAUUUGCCUCCAUAUUCCAAUAAAUUAAAGAGUGACGUUAUAAGAAAAUAUCCGCGUUUAAUAUAAAUAAUUAAAAAACUGUGAGUUUCAUAAAAAAAAGUUUUUUAAAAUAAAUAGUUCUUGUUAAUCAUAAUGUGUAACAAUUUUUAUUUUAUUUAAAUUUUUAGUUGACUAGAAAAUAUAACUCGCGCGAGUCGUUUACUAUUUCAGGGUCAAUAUAUCUAAAAAUAAUAUUCUCCAUUUUCAUAAUUAGUACAUUUAUAAAGUUAAAAUUAAACAUGUAGUAAAGACAAUUUAGAUUUACAGUUUUCUUAAAAUAAAACAAAAUAUGAUUUCUUUGAAAUUUA